AUGGAGGGUACGAUAUUUGUGAAUUACUUGAAAAAAGCAUUAUUUCCGGCUCUCGGUGAAGAACUCCCCGUAUUGAUUAUUUACGAUGGCCAUUCAUCUCAUGUGACUGUAGAUGUCGUACAACUGGCUAUCCGACAUGGAAUCACAAUCUUAAAAUUACCACCUCACACCUCCCACUUAUUGCAACCAUUGGAUGUGGCGGUCUUUAGAUCAUUUAAGUGUAAAUGGGAUGCUAAAUUAGUUAUAUGGCAGCGCCAUAAUGUCGGACUUAAAAUGCCUAAAAAUGUUUUUUCUCAGACGUUUGCAGACACGUGGCAAGAAACAAAUGCCGAGAUAAUAAAAAGCGGCUUCAAAAAAACUGGAAUCUAUCCGUUCAACCCUGAAUUACCACAGGAUAUAUUUGAACCAGCUGCCUACAAACGAUUUAAAGAAAAGCUACGCACAAAUGCUCUCCAAAAUCCGAAACCCCUGCAAAAUUUAUGUAUUGACGUUUUUAAUAAAAUUUUACAGUUUGCACCUGACUUAGAAGAACAAGUGGAACGAGUAGUUACACACACGAAUACUCAAAAUGUCACCUUCUUAUCAGACCUUUCAAGAAAAGAUAAUCAGACGCAGUCUUUUUUGGCAAAUAAUAUUUCCAGUAUACCAGAUUGUCUAAAAUGCAAGCAAAAUGUACAGCAUGAGCCAAAAAUUAAAAUUUUAUCCAGCGUAAAGGUCAAUUUUGAAGAAUUGCUGCUCGACAAAAUAAAACAGGAUAAGAAGGAUAUUAAUUAUCAAACAAAGAAAACACGUGUUGCUAAAGGAGCUGAAAUAAUAACUUCUAAACAAUUAGAAGACUUGGAAACGCAAAGUAACGAAACAGCACCAAAAAAAGCUAAGCAGAAAAAAAGAAAGUCAAUAAAAGAUAUAGAUUUCGCAGAUGCGGGACCUUCAGGUGUAAAAAAAGUGAGUAAACAGAAAAAACAGGGUAAGAAAAAACAUAAAAAGGAAAUAGAUUCGAAUGAAUCUUCGUCUGAUAUAUCUGAUUUGAUAAGCCUCUACAGUGACGACAUGGACAUUGAUCAAUAUUAUAACGAUGAAACACUCAGAGAAGAAAAUUGGCCAGAGGAUUUAAAUUUUGAGAUGGAGAAUUUAAACUCUUUGGAAAAAUAUGAGAAUAAUGAAAUUUCAAAUGAAGUUAAAGAAUGCGAAAAUGGAAAUCCUCAUACCAAAACUAAAAAUAAAUGUGUGGUAAAAAGAGUAGAGCAAAAGAAAAUAACCAAGGCUCAAAAGAAACUAAUAAGACUGAUGAUGACUCUAGUGUAG